AGAAUCAAGAAGGCGUGGGUGUACGUUACCAAGAAACAAAGUACACAAACGUUGUAUAAGCGUGAAAAAACGUCUCUAACACGAUUAACCUAAAUCUACACCGUUGGAACCUAGCACGUGAGCCUCACUCGCACAAUCCAACGGUCAUAACAAGUCUUACCAUCUACUCAAAGUAAACAAGCUGUUUGACUCUAAGACAGCAACAGGGGCACUUCCACCGUUACAACCUAUUCACUUAUCACUGACCCUCUUUCUCUCUCUAGCUCCCUCUCUCUAAAACUGAGGUGAAUUGGAAGAAGAGAGAUGAUGGAGGAAGGGAGGUUGUGCCAGUGGAGUGUGUUUAGAUCAAUUUUGGCAAUUGUGCAGUGGUGGGGUUUUAAUGUGACUGUUAUUAUCAUGAACAAGUGGAUCUUUCAGAAACUGGAAUUUCAAUUCCCGUUGUCAGUGUCAUGUAUUCACUUUAUAUGCUCGGCCAUUGGUGCAUUUGUGGUUAUCAAGGUGCUGAAGCUUAAGCCUCUUAUCAUUGUUGAAUCUGAGGAUCGUUGGAAAAGGAUAUUUCCUAUGUCAUUUGUGUUCUGUAUUAACAUAGUGUUGGGGAAUGUGAGCCUACGCUACAUUCCUGUAUCUUUUAUGCAAACCAUAAAGUCGUUUACACCAGCAACCACAGUAUUUUUGCAGUGGUUGGUCUGGAGAAAAUACUUUGAUUGGCGAAUUUGGGCAUCUUUGGUUCCGAUUGUUGGCGGGAUACUUCUCACUUCUAUGACAGAACUUAGCUUUAACAUGCUUGGAUUUUGUGCUGCGUUAUUUGGCUGUCUUGCUACUUCAACUAAAACUAUACUUGCUGAAUCGCUGCUUCAUGGCUUUAAAUUUGACAGCAUAAAUACUGUGUACUACAUGGCACCUUUUGCAACAAUGAUCUUGGCAGUACCGGCCCUGCUACUGGAAGGGGCUGGGGUAUUACACUGGGUCCAAACAUGCCCCACUCUUCUCUCGUCACUUGUUAUUAUUUUUGGCUCAGGAGUGAUGGCUUUCUGCCUUAACUUCUCUAUAUUUUACGUGAUUCACUCCACAACUGCUGUCACGUUUAAUGUUGCCGGAAAUUUGAAGGUUGCUGUUGCUGUUACAUGUUCUUGGCUGAUAUUCAGAAACCCGAUCUCCAUAAUGAAUGCCGUCGGAUGCACAGUGACACUUGUUGGAUGUACAUUCUAUGGGUAUAUAAGACACUUGCUCUCCCAACAGCAACCAGGAACUCCUAGGACACCACGAACUCCACGAAAUCGUAUCGAGCUGGCCCCCCUUAUAAAUGAUAAAUUAGAUGAUAAAGUUUAGUGUAAUUAGUCAAAAUAUUAUAUGCUCCUGACCUGGGAAUAUAGUAAUAGGGCUAUAGCAUAUAUAGGAACAGUCUGAAACACUUGGUUUCUUUGGUGUAUUUUUUAUGUAGAUUAAUCAAAAAAUUAAACUUCAUCCGUUCUA